UGGUCCUUAGACGUCACUGCGACUCAGGUUAGCGUUAGCUAACAUGCGUUUCCUCCAGCGGUGACCGAGGCUUUCAGAAAUAAACUGUAUUUUUUAGGUGUGCAGAGACCGUCUUUACGCCAGUGGACGUGGCGAUUUGUUUGUACAAAGUACAGUUAAAGAGAAUUUCAGUGGUGUUGUGUGUGAACAUGUUGAGCUCAGGCCGGCGCGUCCUUCAAGAUCUGCUGAAGCAGACUGCUGUCAACUGCAGGAGUUUGUCUCUGACUCCUACUCAGAACACAGUUGUGGUGGAGCGAUGGUGGCAGGUCCCUUUAUCCAAAGAAGGUGAACCGCCAAAGCUUCACCCCCGAAGACACAGAAUCUACAAGCUGGUUGAGGACACCAAACAGUCUCCCACAAAGAAAAUGGAGCUCAUCCUAACAGAGACAGUACCAAAGCUUGGGGGGCGAGGAGACACUGUGUUUGUGAAAAAAUCAGUUGGCCGGAACAAGCUGCUGCCCCUGGGUCUCGCAGUGUAUCCGUCACCAGAAAACAAACAGAUAUUUGAGGAGGAGUUAAGACUUUUGCGUGAGGGUAAGCCAGAGGAUAGAAUCCAAACCCGUACUGGACAACUAACUGUGGAGUUCCUUAAAUGCUCCACACUAAAGAUCCACAAAAUGCCACCUAAAGAAUUCCAGCUCACUAAAGAGGUUGUCUGUAGACAGUUUCUCAAGAAGCUGGGAGUUGUUGUGCCACCUCAUGCACUGAGUCUUCCAUUUGAGCCAAUCAAGGAUGUGGGUGACUAUUGGUGUGACGUCACGAUCAAUGGAAUAAACACAGUUCGAGUCCCAAUGUCAUUGUUGCCAUAUGAAGACCAGUCUGCAAGUUACCAGCGGCAGUUGAAAAUACAAAAGCAACAGGCAGAUGCUUGCAUUUCAGAGGCAGUUGAUAAAGAUGCAGCUCUUGAGGAGGGAGUUUCCAGUGUAGAAACAGAGCCAGAGGCUGGUAAAGACUCAGUGAGUCUCUGUGGUGAAGUAUCGGCUGCUAAGGACACAUCCUCAGCUACACAAACACAAAACACAACAGCACCGCCAAGUGAUGGCCCAAAAAAAGAUUAAAUGACUGCAAAUCGAGACAUCCACACAACUUCAGUUGACUAUGUUUACCUGUAAUACACAUUUCACAUGCAUAUACAGUUUAUUGAAGUAUUAAAAUGUUGUACAUCUGGCUUACAAAGAAUAAAUGUCAUGUCAUUUUGUC